UCCAGCUUGAGCAGGGGGGUUGGACUAGAAAGCCUCCAAGACCCCUUCCAACUUAUUUUGUUAAAAAAACAGCAAGAGGUUUUUAGGACUUGUGUCUGGCCAUAGGAACCAUAAAAACUGAGCUGAAAAGAAAUGACAUCAGCUACUGCUCCAUGACUAUUGAUCCUUCUGUGUUCCAGAGACUGGGAAAAGUGACAAGAUUUGCUAUGGAGGUUUGCCACCUACCUGUGAAUUGAUUUCGAGGAACAAUGUUUUAUAACAAACUGAUACCUUCCAGAAGAACAACACUGAAUAUCCACAUCCCUUUGGUUAUAUGCAAAAGAAGUUGGUAUUGAUGCUGAAACGACAUUGGAUUAACCAUGAGGCCAAAGACUUUCCCUGCUACUACUUACUCUGGGAACAGCAGACAAAGAUUACAGGAGAUCAGGGAAGGUCUGAAACAGCCUGCCAAAGCUUCUAGUCAGGGAUUACCCAUUGGACCAAGCAGUGAAAGUUCUCUGGACUCUAAAAUUCUAGUAGGAAAGGAUGCUGCCAGACAGCAGCAAAUCCGACCGGCUGCCAAAUUUGGAAAUUACCAGAAAGCAUUGCGAGAAAUCAGAUAUUCUCUAUUGCCCUUUGCUAAUGAGUUGGGCACUACCUCUGCAGUUGUUGAAGUCAAUAGACAAAUGUUGCAGGAACUGGUAAAUGCAGGAUGCGACCAGGAAAUGGCUAUUAGAGCUCUCAAACAGACUGGGAGCAGAAGCAUUGAAGCAGCUUUGGAAUAUAUUAGCAAGAUGGGAUACGUAGACCCUAGAAAUGAACAAAUAGUCCGUGUAAUUAAGCAGACUUCUUCAGGAAAAAGUAUAAUGCCAAGCAGUGUAAGCCGAAGGCCAAGUUUUGAAGGAACCCCUGAAUCUUUUUCACCUUAUCACCAGAUAACUAACCCAGCCUAUGAAGGCACUGGCUUUGGUGCUGAAUCUGCUAAUGUGAUCAGUGAGGUUCCCAGACCAUAUAUGGACUAUUUACUUUCUGCUUCUCAGUCUGCGACCAUGAAUGCUCCUGUACAAAGGCCACCAUGCUUAAGCUCCCACAACACUCCUGGCAACCUUCAACAGAAAGCUUACCCUACCAACAUGGAUUCCCCAGUCAUCAGCUAUCCAGUGGCAGGUCAUAGUAACCAAGCUUUGCAGUUGCAGGGUACCCAUGGCUCAAAUAGUCCACAUUAUGGCAGACAGCCUGUGAUGGUGCAGAGUGAGAGCCUUGGAUAUGGAAUUCAGCGGAGCCAUUCUUUUCAAAAUAAAAUGCAACAAGAAGGAGGCUAUCCGAGUCUCCCUAACAAAGCAGCUGUUGCACCUAACAAUUCUGGCCAUGGGUUCCAGCAGGCACCGGCUGGUCUAUAUAUGCCACAUUCCCAUCACAAACAGCCAAUCCCAAGUUCUCACCCAAUUCAUGUAAUCACCAGAGGUGCUCCAUUUAGUAAUGAAUUUUCAGACAGCCCACCCCAAGGUCUCUUAACCCCAUCUAGAAAUAGCCUGAAUAUGGACCUAUAUGAUUUGAAUAACACUCAGAUUCAGCAGUGGCAAACAACCUCUUCCUCCUCUUCCUCUUCUUCAUCCCGUCGUGAUUCACUACAGAGCCAAGCAUUGGAAGCCUCCCCACGGCAGCAUGUACCCUUCAGGCCAGAUGCCUGUGUCCCCAGUAGAACCAAUUCUUUUAACAACCACCAGCCACAAAUGCCCGUACCUUUGAGGCAGGCUGGUUCGGGCAAAGCUGAGGCCUCCAUUCCUUCUCCAAAUACCAUCACGGCUGUCACAGCUACUCAUAUUCUCCAACCAGUGAAGAGCACAAGAGUGAUGAGGCCUGAACCUCAGACUGCCGUAGGCCCCGCGCAUCCAGGUUGGUUACCUGCACAGUCCUCAGCACUAGACAACCUAGGAAUGAUGGAGCAACACCCCCUUCCUGUUGGGGGAGCAAAUGCCUAUCAGUUAGAUGUUGAUUAUAGCAAUCAGGAACUCAGGUGCCCUCCACCGCCGUAUCCCAAACAUUUGCUGCUACCCAACAGCUCAGAGCAGUUUGAUAUGAACUGUUUACGUCCAGGAAUGGAACAAACCAUUCGGAGAAUCCCAAGCUCAUCAAGCAACAAAUCUGAGGAAAACGGAGAAAGGAAUGACAAAAUCAAGACAGCUAAAUCAGAAAAAGUGGGCAAGGAUAAAAAGCAAAUACAGACCUCCCCAGUCCCAGUGCGGAAGAAUGGCAAAGAUGAAGAGAAGAGAGAAUCCCGAAUCAAGAGCUACUCACCAUUUGCCUUUAAAUUCUACAUGGAGCAGCAUGUGGAGAAUGUUAUAAAGACCUAUCAGCAGAAAAUGAAUCGCCGGCUGCAGCUAGAGCAGGAAAUGGCCAAGGCUGGGCUUUGUGAAGCAGAGCAAGAGCAGAUGAGAAAAAUUCUCUACCAAAAAGAAUCCAACUAUAACAGGCUGAAAAGAGCUAAAAUGGAUAAAUCAAUGUUUGUAAAAAUCAAGACUCUAGGCAUUGGUGCUUUCGGUGAAGUCUGCCUUGCUUGCAAAGUAGAUACUCAUGCUCUUUACGCCAUGAAAACACUGAGGAAGAAAGAUGUGCUCAACCGUAACCAAGUGGCUCAUGUCAAAGCUGAGAGGGACAUCCUUGCAGAAGCAGACAAUGAAUGGGUGGUCAAGCUCUACUACUCCUUCCAAGAUAAGGACAACCUGUACUUUGUGAUGGACUACAUCCCAGGAGGAGACAUGAUGAGCCUGUUGAUCCGAAUGGAAGUCUUCCCAGAAAAGCUAGCUCGGUUUUACAUUGCUGAACUAACUUUAGCCAUAGAAAGUGUCCACAAAAUGGGAUUUAUCCAUAGGGACAUCAAACCAGAUAAUAUCCUGAUUGAUCUUGACGGACACAUCAAACUGACUGACUUUGGCCUCUGCACUGGAUUCAGGUGGACACAUAACUCAAAAUACUAUCAGAAAGGGAGUCACAUCAGGCAGGAUAGCAUGGAGCCAAGUGAUCUUUGGGACGAUGUAUCUAAUUGUAGAUGCGGAGACAGGUUGAAGACCUUGGAACAGAGAGUUAAAAAGCAACAUCAGAGAUGCUUAGCCCAUUCCUUAGUUGGCACUCCCAACUAUAUCGCGCCAGAGGUUCUUCUACGUAAAGGAUAUACUCAGCUUUGUGAUUGGUGGAGUGUUGGUGUAAUUCUCUUUGAGAUGUUAGUGGGGCAGCCUCCAUUUUUGGCAUCAACUCCUACAGAAACUCAGCUAAAGGUGAUAAACUGGGAGAAUACUCUGCACAUUCCCUCUCAGAUUAAGCUCAGUCCUGAAGCUAGCGACCUUAUCACAAAACUCUGCUGUUCCGCUGAAGAGAGGCUUGGAAGAAAUGGAGCAGAUGAUAUCAAGGCUCACAUUUUCUUUGACUCCAUAGACUUCUCCACUGACAUCCGCAGACAGCCAGCUCCUUAUGUCCCAAAGAUCAGCCAUCCAAUGGACACUUCCAAUUUUGAUCCAGUUGAGGAAGAUGGGCCUUGGGAUGACUCCAGUGAAGACAAUGCCAGGGCAUGGGACCCUCAGGCCUCAUCUAAUGGCAAACAUACAGAACAUGCCUUCUAUGAGUUCACUUUCCGAAGGUUUUUUGAUGACAAUGGAUACCCAUUCAGAUAUCCAAAGCCUUCUGGGCUAGAUAUAAGCCAGCCUAAAAAUCCUGAUGUAGAAAACAAAAAUGGGCUGGAUCAGAAUGGAGCCUGUCAACCUGUAUAUGUGUAAAUGACUGUAAAGAAUCCUAAAACAAAACUUUAUUCAUAAAUUUAGGGUCUUCCUUACAUAGUUCUUGGUUGGGAUCAGUUCCAGUUCAGGAUCAUGCAAUUCUGGGGAAAGAAAGACUUGAAAAGAAGGUUCUAAAUGCUAACUGUUUCAGAUUUUAGGCCAUAUAGAACUGUAAAUAGCUUUGUUGAUGAGUGCACUUGAAAUCCAGAUUUCAGUCUAGUUUCUAAGGCCUGGUGCGUUGCAUUCUUAACCAAUUUUUUCUUAUCUGCUGUUGCAUUUACAUGCUUCUACGGCAUUGUGCUAUUUUUUUAUUUUAAGUGAGCAAAGAGCACUUAUUUUUGUUUAUAGCAGGGUUUUUUUUCCUACUAAAUUAUAGGAAUUAACUUUGACAAAUCAUGCUGCUGUUCUUCUUUUUCUCAUUUGUUAAAAUUUGGAUCCAUCGCACUUAUGUCACAUUUUAGGAAAAUACAUAAGAUCGAAGAACAUAUGAUUAAAAGUGUCUGUGCAAUAAUAUUUAGUCAGAGGAAAAAAUGUAUUACGUCUAAUGUCCUAAAUUUACCGGUGCCAUUUUUUGUAUUCAGACCCUAAUCUUUAUGUGUAUUUUUCCACAUUUCAAAAUUCUGACACAAUUGUCGAAGCUGCUUUUAUUUCCCUUUUGAAAAAUAUGUUGGAAUUUAGUAUAAUCGUAGUCUGAGCAAGUGGCAGUCAGGAUGUGAUAUCAAUGAUUGGUGUGUGGAGAGUGCUGCAUGGCUUGUGUUAUUUUGUUUUUCUGUUUGAAAUGACCUUUUUCUUGCCAUUCACAGGCAGGUCCUGUGCAUCUAUUUUUAAUGAAGAUCUUUAAUUUUAGACCUUCAAUAGGUGUGCUGAUAAAGUAUUGUGUGGAUGGUUUUUCUAUUAUGAUUGUGUGCUAUCUAUUAUACACUAUAUUGCCAAAAGUAUUCGCUCACAACUGCUUCUGAUUAUGUGGAUGGGUGAGUGAAUACUUUUGGCAAUAUAGUGUAUGUUCUCUAAGACAAAUGGCAAAACUCUAACUCAUGUAGGGAUUGAUGGUGUGUAUAGGAGGAAGGAGAGCUUGGUUUAAUCAGUUGUCUAACUUCAUAGGAUACUUAGCCUCCUAUAAAAGGAUAAACACCAAAACAUAGCUUUCAAGAUCACUUUGUGAUCAAAGUCUAUGGCCCAUCUAUCUAGCACAAUGCACAGUAUUCAGUGUGUUUGUAAGUUGCCAUAUAGUAUUCAUGAAUAUUAUCAUUUAAUAUCUGUAUGCAGAAUUAUAUAAUGAGAAUGUUCAGUUCUCUGUGCCUUAAAAUGGAAUUAGGAGCCUUAUAUUCUUUUUUAAAAUUUAUAGGACUCUUCUAAGCUAUAAUGCUAAGUGACAAUGAAUUUCUGGAAUGUAUUGGACAUAUAAAGUUGAUUUAUUGAUUCAGAUGAUUAGGAAUAAUGUACUGACUCCAGGCAGUGCAGGGUAAUUUAGCAAGCUGUUCCUUUAAAACAGAGGUUUUCAAAACCCUGUUGUCUAAGACUCUUUUAUUGGAUAUGCUGGAGAUUGAAAAUGGGACUCUUAUCUACAAUGUAUACGCUUCAUCAACAGGUUCUUCUAGUCUUCCUUAAGGUGAAUUAUUCAUUGUUGUGAUUGCAUUUUAUGGUGGAAAAAUCAAAGUGUGCAGCUUCCUUUAAUCAUUUAAGCAAGAGUAAAGAACUUUUUCCUUCAGAUGUUGCUGGACUAAUAAUUCCCUUGUUAUCAGUUUCAUAGCACAGUCUUUAAUGAAGAAUGUUGGGUUUUAAUGAGUGCCAGCAUCUGAUUUAAGCAUCUCUGAGACCAAAUGAAUAUUAACAAAUUUUGGGUAUGGCUUUUUUUUUUUUUUUUUUGCCUACCCAUGAUGAUUUCCAGAUCUAGAAACUACAUACAUGAUAAAAGCAUGGAGCUGUAUUUUGUUUGAAUCUGCAGGUAAGCCCUAUGUCAUCAGUAUAAAGAAAAUCAGAGAUGGUACAAUUACCUAAUGGUUUAUCUAAACUACGUAAACACAACAAUGCUGACACUUCCAAGGCUGCUUGGAACUGUGAACUAUUAUGACCUGUUUAAGUGGAGAGAUUUAUCUUAACCAAGUAUAUACAGAACAGAAUCUAUUUAGGUGGCAGCCAUAGUUGUCUUAAGUGAUGUAUCAAAAUGUUGGUCUUGAUUAAACCUGGUCCAUUAUAUUGUUAUGUAUUAUGAUAGAUCAAACUAAUCCUUCAUCUCUAUCAAAAUACAAACAUACAUUUAAGAUUUUUUUUGUUUAAAAUACACAUUUUAUUAGCUAUGUUAACAUAAAGAAUACUCAAAGUGAUAAUGGAAUGCUAAAGAUAAUUAAGCCAUAAAUAGCAUCAUUUAUAUUCUAUAUAUACCUAAAUAGAUUUUUCUUUCAAAUCCUUAAUUCAGAUUAGUUUAACAGUCCUAUUUUAAAUGACUGAUUGCAAUAACAUUUGAGGGCAAUAUUCCACUGUGUGUUUGCUUAUUUUAUGUUUUUAAAUCUAAAGCUUCAGUUUUUCCUAUGUUAUUCCAUAUGUUAUUUCUUAAUAUUUUAAUCUAUCAUAUCGUACCCAUUGUCUAGAUACUAUCUAAAACAACAUCUUUAAAUCCAUCAGAGUAAACUAAGCAAAAUGAUUGUGUAUUUGUUUACAUUUGUAUGAAAGGAGUGUUCUGAGAUAUGCAGUGCUUGUGUUGUGGUGGUUUAUGAAAGAUUCAGUAUUACUACUUUUUAUAUAAUGCCAUUUUUAUAUUUACAUCUAUCUGUCAUCCUUUUAUGUGGUAGGUUCUUCCUCAGGAACUCAGUUUAACUGUUAUUUAUUUAUCAUUUGCCUUUUGAAAGCUUCUGCUGGCACAAUUUAUUAUUAAAAAAAAUGAAUCAAA